AUGAACUCGCUGCCCAAGGGCAAGCGGUCCUACGACCAGAGCAAUGCCGGUCAGCAGCAUAAGUACCAGUGGGUGAACUACAAACGAGCGGACGAUGCUGAAGGAAGCGUUGCGACGCCUCCCAACAAGAAACGUUACGUUCCCAAGCCUACUACGACUGCGCAGCUCAACCUCGCUCUUCCCGGCAGCUUCAACUUCAACGCUCAGGGUCCUGUCAACUCUGGUAUCCCGAUGUUGGGCGACAACCCUACUAUCGAUCCUCGUCUUACGCAGUGCGAGUCAGGUCCUUCGGGUCAGCAGAUGGGUGAAGCCCUCACUCUUAACCCUCGCCUCACGCAAUGUGAGCCAGUUCACUCCGGUGACAACAUCGCUGUUGACACCCAGUUCUCGCAAUUUGAGCCGAUUCUCUCUGGUCUGACUACCAGUGGUAACGUCACUCCUGAUGCUCGUCCAAAGAAGCGCCAGCCCGAUUGGUCUGGUCGAAAGAUCGCUGGCUACCCCUUCGAGAAGGCCGGCUUGACCAUCCCAGACGUGGGCUCCGAGGCAGACUAUGACAAGAUCAUCACCUCUAUCGACUUUGAGCUUGCUCACCAGGAGGCCAAUCCUCCCGUUCUCCCUCCAUCUGAGCUAAAGGAGAUGGCGGCCAAGCCUCUGCCUGAGGCCCCCUACGAGAUCCCUGAGGACAACCCUCGGCUGGCCGAGAUUCUUCGAGCCAAGAACAAGCAGAUUUUGGAAAAGGGAAAGAUGCUUGACAAGGAGCGAAACAAUCUUGCGGCCAAGGCGACGCGAGACCGUCGUAACGAGGUCAUCUUUCAAAGCCGAGUCCUCUUGAACGACCGUGAGGCGGAGCUCAACUGGUGGAAGCUCCGCGCCAUCACUCUUGGGGCUGAACCCAACGAGUUCAAGGACCUGCCUUAUGAAUUGAAGAAGGCCAUCUUGUCUGUUGUCGAACAGCGAGUAAGCGAGGGAGACGCAAAGAGGUCUGAGGACUCUGCGAAGAGCAAGUCGCAGAGGCAGUCCACCCGCACUGCCAAGAGCAACAAGCAUGUCCAAAAGGACAAGGAGGCCAAGGCCAAGGAGGUCGCCCGGCUCAGGGCCGAGCUGGAAGCAAAUGACGCCGCGGCUCUUCAGGCCGCUCAGAACGCCAUGGCUCAGCAGCCAGUCAUGGAGCCCUUCCAACACCAGUUCAACCAGCAGCCUGGACAAGUUGCUGUAGCCGCCUAG